CAGGUUCCUGCCCCCCAGGCCCUGUGCUUAUAACCCUGGAUGCGCGCCUCUCUCAGUCCUGCUCCGCCGUCUGCCACUGCCGCCUGGGCUCACUGGUCACUCAGCAUCAAGUGACCUCAGGGGUCUCACUUUUACAGAGUGGUUCAUCUGGCCAGGAAGGCAGACUACGGACUCCAGGGACCUGUACCUAUAAUCCAAGACAAGAUGUCCAGCAAGGGCUCUGUGGUUCUGGCCUACAGUGGUGGCCUGGACACCUCUUGCAUCCUCGUGUGGCUGAAGGAACAAGGCUAUGAUGUCAUCGCCUACCUGGCCAACAUUGGCCAGAAGGAAGACUUUGAGGAAGCCAGGAAGAAGGCGCUGAAGCUUGGGGCCAAAAAGGUGUUCAUUGAGGAUGUGAGCAAGGAGUUUGUGGAAGAGUUCAUCUGGCCUGCGGUCCAGUCCAGUGCACUCUACGAGGACCGCUAUCUCCUGGGCACCUCUCUUGCCAGACCUUGCAUAGCUCGCCGACAGGUGGAGAUUGCCCAGCGUGAAGGGGCCAAGUAUGUGUCUCACGGCGCCACGGGAAAGGGGAACGACCAGGUCCGCUUUGAGCUCACCUGCUACUCAUUGGCACCCCAGAUUAAGGUCAUCGCCCCCUGGAGGAUGCCUGAGUUUUACAACCGGUUCAAGGGCCGAAAUGAUCUGAUGGAGUAUGCAAAGCAACAUGGAAUCCCCAUCCCCGUCACCCCCAAGAGCCCCUGGAGUAUGGAUGAGAAUCUUAUGCACAUCAGCUAUGAGGCUGGGAUCCUGGAGAACCCCAAGAAUCAAGCACCUCCCGGUCUCUACACAAAAACUCAGGACCCUGCCAAGGCACCUAACAGCCCAGAUGUCCUCGAGAUAGAAUUCAAAAAAGGGGUCCCUGUGAAGGUGACCAACAUCAAAGAUGGCACAACCCGCAGCACAUCCUUGGAACUCUUCAUGUACCUGAACGAAGUUGCGGGCAAGCACGGAGUAGGUCGCAUUGACAUCGUGGAGAACCGCUUCAUUGGAAUGAAGUCGCGAGGUAUCUACGAGACCCCAGCAGGGACCAUCCUUUACCACGCUCAUUUAGACAUAGAGGCCUUCACGAUGGAUCGGGAAGUACGCAAAAUCAAGCAGGGCCUGGGCCUCAAAUUCGCAGAGCUUGUAUACACAGGCUUCUGGCACAGCCCUGAAUGUGAAUUUGUUCGCCACUGCAUCGAGAAGUCCCAGGAGCGGGUGGAAGGGAAGGUGCAGGUGUCUGUCUUCAAGGGCCAGGUGUACAUCCUCGGUCGGGAGUCUCCACUCUCACUAUACAAUGAAGAGCUGGUGAGCAUGAACGUGCAGGGUGACUAUGAGCCCAUCGACGCCACCGGCUUCAUCAAUAUCAACUCGCUCAGGCUGAAGGAGUACCAUCGCCUCCAGAGCAAGGUCACUGCCAAAUAGACCCUGACAAAGAGGCCUGGGCCUCCCCACUCUGCAGCUCUCCCAGGCUUCAGCAUUAAUUGUUGUGAUAAAUUUGUAAUUGUAGCUUGUUCUCCACCACCUGACUGGGGCUGCUGUGCCCCCCCAGCCCCCCCACAGGCUUUGUUCCCUGGUCCCCUAUAGCCUACAAAAGUGGUCAUCGAAGGGAAGGGAGGGUGGCGGGCAGCUGCAGAAAGCAUAAAAUGACAAUUAAAAGAAGUUACAUUAGUCUUUUAUUU